AUGGGGAAACCAACUCCUACCCCAAGGAAGCAACAAUCAAUCGCGAGCUUCUUUACCCCCAAAACCGUGAACGGACUCUCGAAAUCACAGCCAUCCCAAGCUUCACAGACGCCCCCAGCGCGCGAGAGUUCUCAUGUAAACGAUGAGCUCUACAGCGAGAAUGACGAAGAGCCACUCCAGUCCAUCACAAAUGGGGCUUCAAAGAGACCAGUAGCGGAGGAUGCGGAUGACAGACCAUCGAAGCGUGUCAGGAAUGAAGAACCCCGCACAGAUGCGCAGAGCAGUGGCUUCUUCUCCGCACCACCACCACGACAGACCUCCCAGGCGAAACCCUCCCCACGAACCGAACGAUACCUGUACAAUGGCUCAAGUCAACUUGCAGGUGUCGAGUCUAUACGGGAGGAAGAGGAGGACGAUCAAGCCACUAAGGCCAAGAAGGAGGAACUGCACAAGAAGUUCGUGAAGAAGCUGGGACAUCCAGACAGUCUCAAGCGGAGGUAUCAAGUUCCCGAGGAAACGGCAGACGCUGAGGGAGACGAAGAUGAGGAGGAUGAAAUGCCAGCUCCUGCAAAGACCAAGAAGAAGGGAGCUAAGACGGGAAAGUUGACGCCUCUGGAGUUGCAAGUUCUCGACAUCAAGAGGAAGCAUAUGGAUACACUGUUGAUAGUAGAGGUGGGCUACAAAUUCAAGUUCUUUGGCGAAGAUGCAAGGGAUGCGGCAAAGGUAUUGAGCAUAGUGUGUAUACCAGGGAAAUUCAGAUACGAUGAGCACCCAUCCGAGGCCCAUCUGGACCGUUUUGCCUCAGCAAGUAUCCCCACCCAUAGAUUAUCCGUACAUGCAAGGAGGUUGGUUCAAGCUGGACACAAAAUCGGUGUUGUUAGGCAAAUUGAGACAGCUGCUUUGAAAAAGGCAGGAGACAAUCGAAAUGCACCCUUCAUACGGAAGCUCACCAACGUCUAUACGAAAGGCACAUAUAUCGAUGACAUGGAAGAGCUUGACCAACCAGGUGAUCCCUCUAGUGGUGCUCCAAAAACAGGAUAUCUGCUGUGUAUUACUGAGACAAAAGCGAAAGGAUUGGGGACUGAUGAGAAGGUCGAUGUUGGCAUCCUAGCCGUUCAGCCUGCAACUGGAGAUAUUAUCUAUGACACUUUUGAGGACGGAUUUAUGCGGAACGAGCUCGAAACACGACUACUCCAUAUAUCACCAUGCGAAUUCUUGAUAGUGGGAGAUCUUACAAAAGCUACGGACAAGCUUGUACAACAUCUUUCAGGUAGCAGCACCAAUGUGUUCGGAGAUCAAGUUCGUGUUGAGCGUGUGGGCAAGAAGAAGGCUAUGGGUACUGAAGCAUACUCUCAUGUUGCCCAAUUCUACGCCGACAAGCUCAAGAAGAACGAAGAGACGGGCAACGAGAGAGAGCAGAAUCUCCUCGAUAGGGUUCUCAAACUAGAAGAGUCAGUCACGAUAUGUCUAUCCGCAAUGAUCACCCACAUGACCGAGUACGGGCUUGAGCACGUCUUCGACCUAACAAAGUAUUUCCAAUCCUUCAGCGCCCGCUCCCACAUGUUGCUCAACGGAAACACUCUUACCAGCCUCGAGAUCUAUACCAACCAAACAGAUCACACUGAGAAAGGCAGUCUCUUCUGGACUCUCGACAAAACCAAAACUCGAUUCGGCAAACGUCUACUCCGCAAAUGGGUCGGGCAGCCUUUGCUCGAAAAAGACCACCUCGAAGACCGCGUCUCCGCAGUGGAAGAGCUGAAAGACGGGCACCAAACACCCAGAGUGGACCAACUCCACGCGUUGCUCCGGAACAUCAAAUCCGAUCUAGAACGCAGUUUAAUCCGCAUCUACUAUGGAAAAUGCACACGUCCUGAGCUCCUCACAGCCCUGCAAACACUGCAACGCAUUGGCAAUGAAUUCGCCCACGUGAAAACCGCUUCAGAUACUGGUUUCGAAUCUCCGCUCAUCAGCAACGCCAUCGCGUCUCUGCCCACGAUACUAGAGACUGUGAUAUCCUUCCUGGACAAACUCAAUGCUGAAGCCGCGCGAAAAGACGACAAAUACGCCUUCUUCCGCGAAGAUCACGAGACAGAGUCCAUCAGCGACCACAAAUUAGGAAUCUGCGCCAUAGAGCAAGACCUCGACGCGCAUCGCUCAGAAGCAACAUCGAAGCUGAAGAACCACCGCCCUGUAUCCUACGUAACAGUAGCUGGCAUCGAGUAUCUAAUCGAAGUGCCCAACAACGAAUUGAAGAACGUCCCUGCAUCAUGGAUGAAGAUCUCGGGCACGAAGAAACUGAGUCGUUUUCAUACACCUGAAGUAGUUCGAUUGCUGAGGGAGCGGGAUCAGCACAAGGAAUCCCUAUCUUCAGCCUGCGAUGUCGCUUUCUCGGCCUUGUUAGCGGAAAUAUCAGCAUCGUACACCCCCCUCCGCGAUGCCAUCUCAUCUCUCUCCCUCCUCGACGCUCUGCUUUCGCUCUCAACCGUUGCUUUGUUCCCAGGCUACUGCAAGCCGACUUUCAUUUCCUCGCCCGGUGCAUCUAUAACCAUAAAAGACGGUCGGCACCCAAUGGUCGAACAGCUCCUCUCAAGCGCAUACAUCUCCAACUCCACAUCCCUCUCAGAAACACAACGCGCGCUGCUUGUCACCGGAGCAAAUAUGGGCGGCAAAUCUAGCUACGUCAGACAAGUAGCACUUAUCUGCAUCCUGGCGCAAAUCGGGUCGUUCGUGCCGGCCAGCUCGGCUUGCUUGUCACUGCUAGAUGGCAUCUACACGCGAAUGGGAGCUUUCGACUCGCUGUUCACAAAUCAGAGUACUUUUAUGGUUGAACUGUCCGAAACCUCUUCGAUUCUCAAGUCGGCGACAAGUAGGAGUCUUGUGAUCCUAGAUGAGCUAGGAAGGGGGACUAGUACGCAUGAUGGUGUGGCCAUUGCGGGCGCUGUGCUGGAUUAUGUGGUUCGGGAGACAAAGUGUGCUUGCUUGUUUAUUACCCAUUAUCAGACGUUGGCCGGUAUGGCAAGGGCGUUUGAAAAGGAGGGGGAGCUGAGGAAUGUGCAUAUGAAAUUCAGUGCUCAGGAGGGAGGGGAUGGGGAGGAAGAGAUUACGUUCUUGUAUGAAGUGGGUGAGGGAGUGGCGCAUCGCUCGUAUGGGCUUAAUGUUGCAAGAUUGGCUCGAGUACCGAAGCCAGUGCUGGACACUGCAAUACGGAAGUCACAUGAGAUGGAGAUGGAAACCAAGCAGAAGAAGCUGGGCAGUCUGUCAAGAAUGAUUGCCAAUGUAUUUGAGAGUAAUUCCGAUCAGUUUGAUCAGCUGGUGAGCGGCAUAGAGCAACUCUAA